AUGCCGGGGCCCGGGGGUGUGCCAGGGGGGAACAGGACCUACUUCCCCUUCUUCUCAGACUUCAGGGGCCGCAACGUGAUGGCCCUGCGUGUCGGUGAGUCGUCUGCCCUGGCCUCCAUCUUCCUGCUGGCCUUGGCGGGAAACGUCUGGGGCAUCUGCCUGCUGAUGCGGCGGCGGCGGCACCAGCUGUGCACCGCCAACUGCCUCGUCCUCAACCUCUUCUGCGCCGACCUGCUCUUCAUCACCGCCAUCCCCUUCAUCGCUGUUGUGCGCUGGACCGAGUCCUGGGUGCUGGGCGACGUCGUCUGCCACAUGCUCUUCUACACGGUGAGCCUCAGCGGCACCGUCGUCAUCCUCUCCCUCUCGGCCGUCAGCCUGGAGCGCGUCGUCAGCAUCGCCCGGCUGCGCCGUGCUGCCUUCCGCCGCCGCAAGGCGCUGGCCGCCACCCUCCUCCUCAUCUGGGUCUUCGCCGCCCUCGCCACCCUCCCGCUCUGCUGCUUCUUCACCGUGGUGCGGCUGCCCGCCGCCGCCGGCGAGGAGAUUCAGAUUUGCACCUUGGUUUGGCCCAGCAUUGCAGGAGAAAUAGUUUGGGAUGUGACCUUUGCCAUUGUUUUCUUCCUAAUACCAGGAUUAGUCAUUGUCAUCAGUUAUUCCAAAAUCUUACAGAUUACAAAAGCAUCAAGAAGGAGUUUAAAUGCUGGUUUAGCCUACUCAGAAAAUCAUCAGAUUCAUGUUUCCCAGCAAGACUACAAACUAUUCCGAGCCCUCUUUGUGUUGAUGAUCUCUUUCUUCAUCAUGUGGAGUCCAAUUAUCAUAAUUAUUCUUUUAAUUUUAGUCCAGAACUACAAACAAGAUUUAAAUAUUUUGCCUUCAGUUUUCUUCUGGAUAGUGUUAUUCACUUUUGCCAAUUCUGCUGUCAAUCCAAUUUUGUAUAAUGUUGCCCAUUUCAGACGUAAAUGUCAGGAAAUUCUUCUCUGUUGUACAGGGAACCCUAUAAGGCAUGGGGCUGGUACAGAAACCACUGCAAGAAGAAGUAACCAUGAACAACCAAAUUUGUCUUUCAUUACCAGAUAA